AUGGAUGGGCACGUACUGCGAGUAGAAUUCUCUUUCCAAAAUGGUCACAAAAUCAAGUGGGCUAGCUCAUCUGUACUUGGUACUAAGUACACGGCUAACUGUAGGUAAGCCUAAAUGGAUUAUUUUGCUUUGCAAUUACAGUGGUUUUCUAAGUCCCAGGCGUCUUGUAAUUCGUUGUUAUAACAGCAGAGAGUAAAUUUAAAAGCCAUUAUUAUUCCGUUAUUGAAGUAGCUGCGGUUGUGUUCAGUGGUUAUUGGUAAUAUAUAUUAGCCAGGUACAAACACAAAACUAGCCAUGCAUUUUGGCAUGGAUCGGGAGAGACAGACUCAUUUACUUCUUCAAUUUAGGCGUUGAUAUACUCGUAUUUAAGGGUAACGUCAAUGUUUUUUGUUUCAAAUUUUAUUUUUCAUCAGGAGAGUAUUCAAAUCAGCCUCGCUGAACUGGGCACCCCUGAGUAAAUAUUGUUGAAUAUAAAAUACAAAAAUAUAUUUUGGGGGCUAUAUUCUUCUUUUAUAACUCUUUUAGAAUGGUUCAUGGAUUUACAAGCUCUGGCAUCCUGGAAAGUCAGUAUCAGGGCUUUGCAGAGGCUGGUAAGAUUGGUAAUGUUGGUGACAAAUAUAUUGACAACGGUAAGGCACUGACAUCUUGAAUAUCGUUUAUAUCUUCUAAAUUUUUCUCAAAACAUGACAAGUGCUAUCCAUCCACACAAAACCCCAAUCCAAAUUUUGAGGGCUGGGGACAACCUUCCUCAUGAAUGGGAAUGGUAAUUGCAGUUUCUUGAUUUCUUUUUCUGACAUAGUUUUUCUGACUCAAUUUUGCCUGUAAAAUGUUCAGUUGUACUUUCAGGUUAUGUCUUGACACAUAUGGUAUAAAAGAUUUAUGGAGAUGUCAUUGCUUUGUAGUGUAUGACAAAAUGGGCUACAUGGGCACAGUAACUAGAACUGCAGAAGACUCACUGUUAGAGCAGAUAAGUGAAGCCCGUAACACGGAUUCAUAUCACGAAAACAAUCGUGCAGUAAGUCUGGUUGUGACCUCAACAUUUUCACUUUUACAAUAACAUGUAACUUACCACAUCUACAAAUUAAACAAUAGUUUAUAUAUACCUUGUUUUGAGACUGUCAUCACUGAUUGCCGCCAUGACUCAACAGCCAAUGCUUACCAUUCAACUGUUGCAAUGCUAUCUUAUGAGUAAGUAUAUUCACUUUAAAGGCAGUGACAUAAGAAGGGAAGAAUUACAAUUUACUUUUACACUAUCCUUACCACAUCAAAUAAUAUAUUCUUUUGACAGAACCAAACAUAUGUUAGCAACCCAGACAGUCACUAAGGAAGAGUUCCGUAGUUCACAGACUCAUGAGUCUGAGGCAAUGAAGAAGAUUAAAAGGCAAAAGGUACCAUGAAUAUUUAAUUUCCUGCACCAUGCAUUACACACUGCUGAGGUCAUUACCACAUCAGUGAAUACCAUCCAAUAUUGGGAAACUGUUUGAAUUAAAAGGUAUAAUGUAAUUGCUUGCCCUUAUUCAAUAAUAUUGUUAUUAAUAGAAAGUUCCUUAUGUUACCAUAAAUGAUCAUUUAACUACUGAUGUGGUAGUGAGAGGUUUUACAUUCAUUUUGCAUGUAAUUUUUUAAAAAGGAUCUCACUUUGUUUACUAAAUUUAUAAUUUCUUCCUUCAGGCCUCACUGUAAGAGAAGUUGCUCACGAUUUUGUACCAAAAAUCAAGAACUGGCUGUUGACCCAAAACAUACAGAAUUCAUUUGACACUUGGCAUGGUAAAAUACAAAUUUUUGCUGUACCCUAGAUCCCAUUAUAGCUGUAAAGAACCUCCAAAAAGCUUGAGUCUGAUAAUAUAUACAUUUCUUUCACUUUUUCUGGUUUCUUGAUAUGGAUUAAUUUCCACACUUUGACAUUUUGUCAGUCUAACCAGUGAGCUAAUGACUCUUCUACCUCGGUUGCCACUUUUCAGGAACAAAGGGCGUGGCCAAAGCCAUGAAAGAAAUAAGUAGUGGUGCACAGAAGUGGGAGGGGGAAAAGUGUUUUGCAGAGCUAUCUGACAAGCGUAUGUGCUAGCGGCUUAUUGUUUGCGUUCUUAAAACUGUAAAUAAUAGGCUUAAAUGUUAUUGCUGCUUUCCUCUCAAACAUCAUUUCUAGUUUGUAAAUGAUGAGACCUUUAUCAUCACAUUUUCAGAGGCAAGUGUGAAGCGCCAUUUCUACUACUCUAUGAAGAACUGUUCAAGUCCAGAUGAUCUGAGGAGAAGGCUCUUGACUAUAGUAGAUCACUACUAGGUUUGAAUAGUACUGUAGACGAAUGUUUCAUGUCUUUGUUACAUUCAAAACUAGCAUAAAAUAACACACAAAAAAAGGAUAGGACAUGCUCUGUGUGGUUGUAGUAACAGCAUUUCAGUAUAUUCUUAGACUGAUGCUUUCACGAAUACUUUUCAUUUCAGAGCAAUCACACCCACUGUGAUCCUGAAUCCAAAUGUAAAAAACCUGGGUAUAGGUGCAGUAAAGUAAAACUCACUGAUGCAGGUGCAAUAGCAGCACUGCAAAAAUUCAUCUUGGAAUCAAGAGUCUACAAGCUUGCUGAAGACUCCUACCUGGUAAUGCAGAAAUCAAUAUUACUACAUUCCUUUUACAUAAUUCCUAAAAACUAACAUCAAGGCAUAAAAAACAUGCAUUAGGGUAGAACACUGAAAGUGGUCUAUGUGAACCUGGUUGUUUAAUUUUUUAAACACUCAUGUAAUAUCUAUUUAUUCUAGUGCCGUGACACUUACUGGGUAGAAUCCAUCAUCAAUGUUAUCCUUAUCUACUGCCCAAAGAGAAUCCACUUUGCUGACCGCACUUUUGAGAUGCGCAUUGCCCUAGCAACAUUGGACUGGGUAAGUAAAAAGUGCAGUGCACUAAAAAGGGAUGAUAAACAAAAGUAUUAAGCCACAGUUACCAGGUUUUGCCUGGAUCAAAGUAGUAUGUGACUUUUAGGCACAUACUCCUUCAAAAAAGGAAAAUGUAAUCAAUCUCAUUGCUGAUACAACGUAGAUGGUAUAAUUUUGUAAAUUAUCUGUAAAUACAAACAUCAUGUCAUUGCAGAAUGAAAAUGUCACCAGAGAGGCUACAUCAGUUAGCUUAUUGCAAGACGUGCGCCGACCGAAUCGAAGAACGGGCCACAAGAACCUUGUGCCAAAAACAUUCAGAUUCCGGGAACGCAUCUGGAACAGGUUUUUCCAGGUAAGUUAUUAA